AGAGACCCAAGAUCUAUGAAAAGGAGACUGAUUUUGAUAAGGUUGUGAAGGUGGAAUUGAGAAGCAAACACAAAAUCUCGUGCACGGCAAGCGGGAACCCCGAGCCAAGCAUCCAGUGGAAGUGGCAGCCCUGCAACAUCACAGACACCCUGUGCAAUCCUGAGGGGCCAAAAGUUGAGGUUUGGGAGAACACAGUCAUAGGAAACAAGAUCAGGAGCAUCGAGAACACCCCCAAGAGGCUGGGGGAUAAACUAAAGAUCGUGAGCACCCUCACCAUGGAGAACAGCAGUGCCUCAGGAAUCUAUUACUGCGUGGCUUCCAACAAGGUGGGCCAGGAGGAGCGCAGCAUCCAGUUCUACGUGUCAGAUGUGCCCUCUGGGUUGCAAACAUCCUCCCAAGUCACAGCCAUCGUGGGGAACGACAUCCAGCUCACCUGCCGGGCCUCCAAGUACAUCUACACCCACCUGGCCUGGUACUACCCCUCCUCAGAGCCAGCUCCCAGCCACGCUGUGCUCAGGAAAAUGGACAAAUAUUCCAUCUCUUUGACCCUGCUCAUUCCCAACGUCACCAGGGAGCAGAGUGGACUCUACAAGUGCCGAGCCCAGAACCAGCACAACAGCACGGACACGCUGGAGCAGCACAGCCAGCUCCUGGUCAGAGCCAAGGCGGCGCCGUUCGUGAUCCAGAACCUGACGGAUAUGGAGGUGAACAUCAGCGGCAAGAUCCUGCUGGAGUGCAGGGUGAGUGGGACACCAGAGCCACGGGUCAGCUGGAGGAAGAACGGCUACCCCAUCUCAGCAGCGUCAGGAAUUUCCAUGGAAAACAACACCCUGGUGAUUGAGAGAGUGAAGAAGGAUGACGAGGGGCUCUACGAGUGCCGCGCCUCCAACGACCUGGGCCAGGACAGCACAUCAGCCUUCAUCAAAAUCCAAGGUUCUGAGGAGAAAUCCAACAUUGAGGUGAUCAUCCUGGUGUGCACGGGGCUGGCUGCCACCCUCUUCUGGCUCCUCCUGACCCUCUUCAUUCGCAAACUGAGAAAGCCCGAUGCCACAGAUAUUAAAACAGGAUACCUGUCAAUUAUCAUGGACCCCGAGGAGAUGCCCCUUGACGAGCAGUGUGACCGCCUGCCCUACGACAGCAGUAAAUGGGAGUUCCCCAGGGACAGGCUGCGCCUGGGUAAAACUCUGGGUCAUGGUGCUUUUGGGAAGGUGGUGGAGGCGUCUGCUUUUGGCAUUGAUAAAUCUUCAACCUGCAAAACAGUUGCCGUAAAAAUGCUGAAAGAAUGUGCAACUACUAACGAAUGCAAGGCUCUAAUGUCUGAGCUGAAGAUCCUCAUCCAUAUAGGACAUCACCUGAACGUGGUCAACCUGCUGGGAGCCUGCACCAAAGCUGGAGGUCCUUUAAUGGUCAUAGUGGAAUAUUGCAAAUAUGGAAAUCUGUCCAACUAUCUCAGAGGGAAACGAGGAGAUUUCAUUGCAUACAAGUCCCAGGAAAGCUCUGACCAAGCAGAGAAAAGUCUGGAUGAGUCCAACAGUGAUUUGACUGAACUGAUCAAGAGGCGCCUCGAGAGCGUGGCCAGCACAGGCAGCUCUGCCAGCUCAGGAUUUAUUGAAGAUAAGAGUUACAGUGACUCAGAAGAGGAUGAAGAAGAUGCUGAGGAUCUGUACAAGAGGCCCCUGACUCUGGAGGAUCUGAUUUGCUACAGCUUCCAGGUGGCAAAAGGCAUGGAGUUCCUCGCCUCCCGAAAAUGCAUCCAUCGGGAUUUGGCAGCCAGGAACAUCCUCCUGUCCGAGAACAACGUGGUCAAGAUCUGUGACUUCGGCCUUGCCAGGGAUAUUUAUAAAGACCCCGACUACGUACGGAAGGGAGAUGCACGGCUUCCACUCAAGUGGAUGGCUCCAGAAGCUAUUUUUGACAAAAUUUACACCACGCAGAGUGACGUGUGGUCUUUCGGAGUGCUGCUGUGGGAAAUAUUUUCUCUAGGUGCCUCCCCAUACCCUGGAGUGCAGAUAGACGAGGAUUUCUGCCGGCGGCUCAAGGAAGGGACCCGGAUGAGAUCUCCAGAAUAUUCCACUCCUGAAGUCUACCAGACAAUGCUGGAUUGCUGGCACGGGGUCCCCACGGAGAGACCAACAUUCACCGAGCUCGUGGAGCGCCUGGGGGAUCUCCUUCAGGCCAACGUGCAGCAGGAUGGCAAAGACUACAUUCCACUGAACAUCACCUUGUGUCCAGAUGGAGAAUCCAAUUCCAAAACCUGCCCUGUGGAAGAAAACUUGAGCAGCGGAGUGAAUCGCUGGAGUGCAGUGGAAACUGGUAACAGCAGCAAGAAGAGACCCCUGAGUGUGAAGACAUUUGAUGAGGUGCCAGUGGAAAAGGAGAAAGUGAUGCAUGAGGAGUCUGACAGUGGGAUGGUGCUGACCUCAGAUGAGAUAAAAAGCCCCAAGAGGUUGGAAAUCCGUUCCUGGCCCUAUGGGAUUAUGGCUCUGGCGAGGAGAGCUGUGAGCAGGAGCAAGGAAUCCAUCCUGUGUGACCACGAGACUGUCAAGUACCAGCCAGCAGUGCAGGUGGAAGAGGACACCAUGGACUUUCCCCUGGAGGACUCUGUCCUGCUCCCCAUGGAUCCCAACCUGGAAUGCCACAGCCCUCCCCCGGAUUACAACUCUGUCAUCCACUACUCGGCCCCCCCAGUGUAAGCAGUGCCCCCAGCACAGGCUGCACCCCAGCCUUGCCAGCUCUCCUGUGCCCCAGGGGGCCUGGAUGAAACACAAGGGAAUUCUGCUGGGAUAAUGCCUCACCUGUUUCUUCUGGCACGUCUUGGGUGUGAUUGGAAACAAUUUAAGAGCAUCUUCUCUCUUCUCUUUUUAAAAGGCCUAUUGCAAGAUCUGCAGUGAAUUAAUGACAUUCUGUCAGUCCUAGAGGGAGGUGUAACCCUGAGGUGCUGCCACUCCUUCCCCCUGGCUGGGGCUGUUCAUUGACCCUGGCAGAUCCACAGGUUCCUGCAUUCCCAUUUCACCCUGUGGAGGUCAUGCCAAGCUGCUGGGAACACAAGAUUCAAGCUGCUGACCCUGGCACAUCCUGCAGGGAUUGGUUAGGCCAGUGCUGGAAGGAAUCUGUUGAAAAACAUGAAUGUUUUGGGCUUGGAGAAAAACUGAAAUUGAAACACCCUCCCUAACUUGGGAUUUCACCUCCUGUAAAUAUUUCUGAAAUGUUUUGCAAUCCAAGCUAUUUUGGUUGCAAUUUGGAUUUAAUUAUUCCCACUGCCCAGAGGAUACACUCCUAAAGAUGGCACAGCCCAGAGCAAGCUGGAAGUGCUGGUGUGCCUGCUCUUUUGGGCCAGCAGGGCACACAGUGUGGUUAAAUCUGGUGCCCUGGGCUUUCCCCUUGUUCAAAAAGCAGUUUAUUCUGCAGACAUGCAAUAGGGAACCUUGCUGGAGAUGCAUCUGUAAUGGUUUCAAGGCAAAAAUCAGUGCCUUAAGUAAGAACCUUCUCAACUCAAACAGAGUUUCCCAGUUCACACACGUUUGUGUGAAUGUGCAGAAAACUCUCAUUACCAGCAUGAGAGUUACACAAAAACUCACACACAUCCUUGAGGCACCAGCAGGGCAGCAGCAUUUUUAUGUUUCCUUUCUGCACACAGGCUAUUUACUAAAACAACACAGAAAAGAGAAAAAAGCAUUUCCUCUGGAUUCUGUGGCGGGUGCCCAAGGGUUUCACCCUGGGGAUCCUGUCCCUGUUAAGCUCCAAGCCCAUGUGACACACAUUUAUCUCUGACUGUCUUGCCAAGGUAAAUACUGGUAUCAUAUGCAAAGCCCUUCCUGGGUUCAGGGUAAUUCAAAGCUUUUGUUGCAGCAGGACUGAAAGGAUCACAAAUUCUCGCCUGUCAGAUGUUCCCAGUGGGUUUUUGCCCCGGAGCUGUGUGUGGCAGGGACUGUGACAAGUGUGCCCAGGUGCCCUGUGCAUCACCACAGCAGCCUCAGACAUCAGCAAAUAAUCCCCAGCCUUUCACGUGCUCUGUAACAACCAGAGUCAGAUUUAAAGUUUAGGAAGGGAAAGGUCUCCAGGUUGCAAGGAGAAAAAGCCAGGCUGAACAAGAUGUUCACUGACAGCGAGGGCUGCAACCUCCUGAGUUACAAACUCAUCCAUAAAUGGCUCCCUGUGCAGUUUCCUCCAAGCUCUGCACAGCCCUUUCCUUUCCUUCUAUGAUUUGACUUCUCCAGCAGAAAAAGGAAUUUUUCUUUGUGAUUCAGACUAGAGGGGGAUGGAAUCCAAGCCUUGCAAAAGAUGAUGUUACCUUGGCAAAGACAGCUGCACACCCUCGCAGCAGCAAAGGAAGUUUUCUGGAUGAGUGCUUGCAGUGGGCUGUGCUGAAGGAAUCACAAACAAGCCUCAGGUAUUGUCAAAGGGGAAAACAAACCUCCAAACCCCACACCACGUUAACUGUGAACUCUCAAGCAUCUGAAGGAUGGGCUCUGGGGAACUGCACUGCUUCUUCUCCUUGACUUCAGAGUCGCUUAUUAAUCACCUGCAGUCCCUCCAGAGCCCCCUGCUCGUAGUUGUAGUUGUAUGAGCCCCCCUGCUCAUAAAGCUGUAGCUGCUUUAUGGUCAUUUUGCACUGCUUUGUAUUUUAGUACCUAUGUGUUAAGUAGAGCUGGUCAUAGAAGAGAAGAAACUACUGGGAAAGAAUUCUGGUGAGCCCCAGGAAGCUCAUUGGAUUGGUUUGUCAUCAAACACUAUUAACUAUCUAUAGCUCUGAUCAAGUAAUCAAUCAGUUCUUGUGGAAAUAAAUUAUUGCUGAGGCAAAGGAGAAGAAAGCUCAGACAGAGUGUGUGGCACUGCUGUCGAUGGGCUGGGCUGGAGAUGUUUGAUACUGCACCUUGAGCUGGAGGGUGAGCAAACAGCGUUGAAAAACCUUCACUCAGGAACUUUGAAGAGUAGGAACAAAACCUGCACGUGUGCUCUGUGUUCUGAGGAAGAAUGGGAAGCUCUGCUGGGUGAACAGAGCAGGUGGCCUCCCCUUCUCUGCAGGAUGAGCUGCAGGGGUUUCUCCAGGAGCAGAGGCACGGGAGCACACCUGGGGAGCCCUUCUGGCUCUCAGCAGCAAACCCCAGCCUUUCUGUGCCUCCUGAGAGGGUGGAACAGGACCCAGGCUCCAGUGCCCGAGAUGUUUAAAGCCCUGGUUGCACUGACAGCCCCAAAACUGAGGGCUCCUCUGCAGUGGCAGAAUCGAGAACGUCCCGAGCAGAUCCAGCGAUGGAAGGGACUGACUGAUGUUUGGGCAGCUGUUCCCAGUGUUAAUGAGUGAAAGAUAUUUUUUUUUUCCUCCUUAUAGUAAAUGUAACAAGCAAAAGUAUUGCCUGAAAAGUAUUAUUGAACAUAUUCUAUUUUAUUUACUAAUAUUUUGUUUGUCCUUCUCUUGCCUCCCUUAAUUUAAUUAUUGUUCUCUUCUUCCAACGAUGUAUAUAGUGUACCCUGUAGCAACAAAUAUAUUAUUGCAUUUAUAUGAUAAAAUUUGUAACAUUUUAGUCCAAAAAGAAAGAAAUACCCAGAUGUAACAGAGUUAAGUAUUGUACUAAACAUUUCACUAAUGCUUGCAGGCCAGGCUCCAGUUUACAGUGCCCCACUUGUGCCAUGGCACAGCAGCUCUCUUGGCUGGGAGUGUCUCUGCCUCUCACUUCUUCUCCACGUUAUUUAGUUUCACUUAGGAAACAGGAAUCUGGAGGAAUUUGGCAGGUUUAUCUCAUUCCUGGAGGCCUCACCAUGUGAAGCUUGUGUUAAAGGUGAGGGAUUUCCACGGCCUGGGUUUUAAUUGGAGGCUGGUGGAUUGGCUAGAGGAUCAGAAGGGGUAAAUUGUUUAAAUGAUGUGAUGUUUAUUAUUUUUUCAGACUUCUCAGGGAUUCUUACUCGACUCCUGUCUGCCAGCUGCUUUCUCUAACCCGAGCUCAGUGAGAUCUGUAUUAACACCAACCUUUGUUUCCUUUGAUGGUGCUCACUCCCACUGGUUUUGUGCUCCUGCAAGCCCAGAGAAUCAGGGCAAAGGAGCUCAGAGCUCUCCAUGGAAUUGUGUUGUCUCUUCUCCAACAAUCACCUCCCACUUAGGUGUCCAAGUGCCUUCACCUGCAUGUUCUUGUUCAGGCUGGUGCUUGUAACAACUUCCUGCCUCCUGUUUUUCUCUACUUUUCAUCUUUUUCUUGUUAUUUGCUCUCCCAGUCUCUUUGGAUUGCUUUGCUCUGCCUUUUCCAUAAGAUCAGGUAUAGGAUCAUUUCACUGCUGUUUAUCCUGUGCUUGCAGAGGCUGAACUAGAUAAUCUAAAGCGAGAUUUUCACAUUAAAUCCUCAAUAUAUAGCCAAGGAAAACCAGUUUGUAUUACUUUGUCUGGAAGUCUCUUUGUGCCCUUCCCUGAAUGGGAGAAGCUUUUUAAUCUACUGAUUUUUCAAUAUUGCUGUCUGGAGCAAAAUGAAGGCUGGUGACUGUGUGAAUCUGAUCUUUCCCAGAGUCCUUCCCUCAAACCAUGAGGUUUCUGUAAGGUUCUCCCAAGUUAUCCCCACAAGAAGAUCCCCAGCAAGAUUUAUCCCAAGUAUCUGCUUGGGAUAUAAAGGAAGUCAGCUAAAACUCUGAGUAAAGGUGUCAAACAAAUGCCCUGAGUGCUGCAGGUGAACACACUGAGGGCUCCUGCAGACACCAGCUGCUCUGCUUGACAUCCCCCUGCCACAAACUCUCCCUCCACUCACCUGCUGCCCCAGAGCAUCCAGGUGUUUCUCUCACUGGAUUUGCUCCCCUGUGCACUCCAGGAUCCCUAAAACCCACCAGCACCAAGGGGACACGCCAGGAACUGUUUGCAAGCAAAUGGCUACAGAGCAAGAUAAGCAUUAUCAACUUUCCCUGAGCACAGGAAUUGCUCAGUAUCACUAUCGUACCCACAGAUCAGCCUAGAGGUUUUUCCUUAUCAUACAGUGAAUUAAAAACACAAAAGGCAGCAAUAAUUCUUUUUUUCCUCCCUGAAAAUGUAAUGGCCAAACCCUGGGAUCCAUUUUUUACUGGGUUUUUUACUCACCACAAAAGAGCAGAAAGAAUUUUGUCAAAGUCACGGCACCAGCAUCAUCUUACACAAGUGAAAUUCAGGGAGGAGUUUGGGAUUUGGACUCUCAGGAGUCAGGCAGUGCACAGGGGACUGUGGAGGUGUUGAGACCAGGCACUGCGUAGUUUGUCUGACAUUGUUAUUUCCAUUUUUGUGGAGAUAGAAAGGAAAACUUUCUGGCCUGGGUCAGGGAGAGCAGUGUGGGAUGCACUGAGCAGUGUCCUGUUCUCCUGGUAGCACUCAAUUCAUUUUCCCUCAGACCUUGAGUUGUCCAAGCAGCUGCUGAAAAUUUGGGAAAAACCAGCAACUUGGGACCUACAGAAAUAAACUGAGGGAAACUGGGAAAAGCCAGGAACUUGGGACUUACAGAAAUAAACCAAGUGCCAUGUUCAAACCACCAAGGAAUGUUUGUCUGCCAUGUUCCUGUGUGUCUGAAGAAUGUAUGCACUGAAAACAAGGCUUUCUUAUGUAGUCAAAAAUUGUACUGUAUCUAUUAACCAAAAAAAUAAAAAGAUUCUAUAUUUAUACAGC